GCUACAAAUAUUUCGGGCUUUCUUUUCUGGAGUGUUUUUAAGAACCUGAUUUUUGUUUUGUACUGUUUGUUGUUUUUUUCCCUCCUGCCGGAAACCACCGUGUUCCUCCGCUCUACCACCAGCUUGGAAAGAAUUUCCGCUGCCUUCAAAGUCAAAAGUAGCACCCACCCUUCUCAGCUCUAAUACCCCAUUAAUUUCUUUACUUCUCUUCUGUAUUUACACUCCAGAAAUUCUUCAUCUUCCCGCAUUUCUCGAUCGAUCGAUUCGAGGAAGAAGAUGAAGAACAGAGGCAGAUUAGUAGGAGGCCGAUGGCGGAGCCUAGGGUUUCCCUUCGUCUUCCUCUUGUGCCUCUUCUUCUUCCUCGCCGGUUUCUUCGGGUCCACCCUCUUCUCUCACAAGGAUGAAGGAAUUCUAAGGCGAAGGCCUAGGAUGCUGGGGGAGUUGGUGGAGGGUUUCGAUUUGCUGCCCCACGGAGAGACUGGGGAGGAUUCUCUUUCUCUGAUCCCCUAUCAGAGCAAUGUGAAAGUAUUAUUGAAAUGGCAAAGGCACAACUUCAGCCUUCAUCUUUAGCUCUUCGUAAAGGAGAAACCUUAGACAGUACCAAGGGGAUAAGGACAAGUUCUGGCAUGUUUGUAAGUGCAUCCGAAGACAAAACCAGAACUUUGUAUCUAAUAGAGGAGAAAAUUGCCAAGGUGACCAUGAUCCCGAGGUCUCAUGGAGAGGCGUUUAAUGUCUUGCGCUAUGAAGUUGACCAAAGCUAUCAUUCUCAUUAUGAUGCAUUCAGUCCCUCUGAGUAUGGCCCACAGAAGAGCCAAAGGGUUGCUUCAUUCUUGUUGUACCUUUCUAAUGUUGAGGAAGGCGGAGAAACAAUGUUUCCUUUUGAGUAUGGACAGAAUAUGGAUGGUAAAUAUGAUUUCCGCAAGUGCGUAGGCUUAAAAGUGAAGCCCCGCAAAGGCGAUGGCCUUCUUUUCUACUCACUUUUGCCGAACGGUACGAUCGAUCCGACCUCACUUCAUGGGAGUUGUCCAGUGAUCAGAGGAGUAAAAUGGGUGGCAACAAAGUGGAUCAGGGAUCAAGAACAAGAAGAUGAUGAAGACUGAAUAUAUAUAUAUAUAUAUAUAUAUAUAUAUCUAUAUAUAUAUAUAUAUAUAUAUAUAUAUAUAUAUAUAUAUAUAUAUAUAUAUAUAUAUAUAUAUAUAUAUAUAUGCAUGCCUGCCUCUUCUACACACCAAACUUGACCUACUCUGUAUAAUUUGAGCACAUGUUUUUCUGCACUUUUUAUACUCGAAUCUAUUAUACGACCCGUACUCUAAUAAAGUUGACAAAUAAGU